AUGGACAACCCUCAUGACUACCUCAUCUCCUCUCCCGCUCCGUCUCGGCAAAUAAACCCUGACAAUGCGCAUAGUUGGGUCAUGCUCAACGAGAGCGGCUUCGUCAAGCUCGGAAACGAACGGAUCCUCCUCAAGCUCGACUCUAGAAUCUCAUGCGACCUCUCCGUGCCGCCGGAGCUACGGGCAACCGGCAUCCAGUUUCAUCGCAAGAGUGACAAGGGUUCCUUGUUCCUAACCAAUAAAAGAAUUGUCUACCUACCAGCCAAAGCAACCCAAGAACCGAAAUUCGAGUCUUUCAGCGCCCCCAUCCUGAAGUUCCAAGAUUCAUCUACAUCCUCGUCUAUGUGGUGGGGUUGGGUGUGGAAAUCGGACUGCAUUCCAGUAUCAGGUGGUGGCAUACCGCCCGACCUACCCCGAGUCGAAGUCAAAUUCACCUUUUCUGACGGUGGCAUGAUGGAGUUCAACGAUGCCUACAUCAGGCUACGCGAGAGACUUUUCCAGUAUCAAGAGAUGCGCCGAGAGAUGGGCCCCGGCACAGACAUCCCCGACGAGCCCUUACCCGCGUACGAAGCUGCCGGUUCCACGGAGCAAUCUACGGCCAGCACGUUGAACGUGCCUUCUAGCGGCCACGCGCGGUCGGAAAGUUCAUCCAGUCGCCGUGCGCCUAACGAACCCCCACCCAACUACGAUGAGGCUCAGGCUCAACAGCUCAGCAACAGAUUGGAAGAUCACAUCCGCGAUGGUGUCAAUCGUGGAGAGAAUGACCCGUAG